AUGUCCAGAAGAAUAAAAUGCCCGGAUUGCAAACAACUUUGUGGAAAAGGAAAGGCGCCCGUUGCGGUCGUUCAAAGACUUGAAGUUCUGUACAGAAAACUUCUAAAAUGUGGUCCCGAAUCCCCAUUGAUUAAAUAUUUACCGAGAGACAUCUUUGAUGCUAUUAAAAGAAAAGCUACUAUCUACGACAUGAACCUAUUAGACUGUCUUCAGGCUGGAUUUACACAUUAUGAAUAUGUAGGUCUAUAUGCCGCUGAUCCAGAUUGUUACAACACAUUCGCCAAAUUAAUUGAUAUGGUGUUACAAGUAGAUUACAAUUUUAAAGAGGAAGAUAUACAUCCUGAAAUAGAUUUCGGAGAUCCUGAAAAAUUAGGUAAUUUAGACCCCAGUGGAACCUAUGUGAUGUCAACUAGAGUGAGAUGUAGUCGAGCAUUGAAAGGUUAUCCAUUUAACACGGGACUUUCUGAAGAACAAUAUCUUGAAAUAGAAACGAGAAUUGAAGCAGCAUUACUUAGAUUAACGGGGGACCUCGAAGGUACUUAUGUAAGAAUCAAAGAUAUGUCAGACGAUGAAAUCAAAUCCAUGAGACGUGAGCACACGCUUUUUCCAGAAAUAACCGAAGUCUUAGAAACCGCCAAAACAGGUGAAUGUUGGCCAGAAGGUAGAGGAUAUUUUACCAAUGAGAAAAGAAACUUCUUUGCUUGGGUGAACGAAAAAGACCACUUGCGCAUGGUAGCAAUGGAAAAAGGUGCAAAUCUAGGACAGAUAUUCCAAACAAUGGUUAAUGCCCUUACGCAAUUAGAAGAAAAUCUCAGAUUUGCAAGACAUGAAAGAUAUGGUUAUUUAUCUUCUUCUCCAUUCAGUCUAGGAACGGGUAUAAAAGGUUCCGUACAUAUGAACCUGCCUAAAUUAGGAAAAGACAAACCGAAAUUAUUUAAAGCGGCAGAGCAAAACGAAUUACUAUUGAGGGGAAUAGAUUGUAAUUAUGAAACGGUUAAAUCGGGAAAAUUCGAUCUCUCGACUAAACAAGCUAUAGGCUUAACUGAAAUUGAAAUACUACAAAAAAUGGUUAAAUCAGUUAAGGGGAUGAUUAAGGCGGAGAAAGAAUUUGUACUACCCAAAACUAUAAAGGAAGGAUGUUUAAUAUAA